UGUGACGGGAGGAGAGGGUGCGGAUGAAGCUCGCCGACGCCCGGGCCGCCGUCGAGGAGAAGCUGCGGGAGGUCGCCAACGCCGGGCACCGUGCUGCCGAUGCCACCGCCGCUGCCGAAGGCUGCAGCUGCAGGAGCGGCAGCCCGAUCGGCGGCAAGGUAAGCCUGGCGAGUGUUGGGCAGCAAAGCCCAGCGAGCAGUCAGCACGGCCAACAAAGCCCGGCGAGCGGUCAGCACUCCCAAUCGCACCGGCGAGAAGUCACUGGCGGCGAGAACCCUCACAUCAGGAGGGGGAUCAAGGGGUCCGUGGAGUUCCCGAGGGCUGUCCGUGUGCGGCCGCGCGGCGAGGAGCGCGUGGAUCUGGUGUCCAACAUCGAGUGCCAACGGGCGCAACUGCGCGUCCUCAUGCGGCACAGGAAUCCGGCCGCCGCCGGCAUGCCGGGCCUCGUCGGCGCGGCGCCAGACAACUUCGUCGUGUAACAAUGUACUCACUACUUAGUUACUCUAAUCAUAUGU